AUGUUUCAGGCAUUUAAAGAAUGGUUCUGGUUGGAAAGAUUCUGGCUUCCUACAACAAUAAAGUGGUCAGACCUGGAAGAUCAUGAUGGACUUGUUUUUGUAAAACCUUCUCACUUGUACAUGACGAUUCCCUAUGCUUUUGGGUUGCUGAUAAUCAGACAUGUCUUUGAAAAGUUUAUUGCCACACCACUAGGGAGAUCAUUUGGCAUUCCAGAAAUAGUUCAAAAGAAUAUGAUACCAAACUCUGUCUUAGAGAAUUUUUUCAAAUGUUCCACAAGUCACCCAUCACAAACUGAUAUUUAUGGCCUCGCAAAGAAAUGUAACUUGACAGAGCGCCAGGUUGAAAGAUGGUUUAGGAAACGGCGAAAUCAAGAGAAGCCAAGCAGGAUGAAGAAAUUCCAUGAAGCUUGCUGGCGAUUUGCAUUUUACUUAAUGAUGACUGUGGCUGGAGUUGCAUUUCUUUAUGAUAAGCCUUGGGCGUAUGACCUGUGGGAGGUCUGGAAUGGUUAUCCCAAACAGCCGUUGCUGCCGUCCCAGUACUGGUACUACAUUCUCGAGAUGAGUUUUUACUGGUCUCUGCUAUUUAGCCUUGGUACUGAUAUCAAGAGGAAGGAUUAUCUAGCUCAUGUCGUCCAUCACCUGGCUGCUAUUAGUUUGAUGAGCUUCUCCUGGUGUGCUAAUUACAUUCGCAGUGGGACUCUCGUGAUGAUUGUGCACGAUGUGGCUGACUUUUGGCUUGAGGCUGCAAAAAUGUUUUCUUAUGCUGGAUGGAGCCAAACCUGUAACACCCUGUUUUUCAUCUUUUCCGCCAUAUUUUUUGUCAGCCGUCUUAUCGUUUUUCCCUUCUGGAUUUUAUAUUGCACGUUGAUUCUGCCUCUGUACUACCUCGAACCUUUCUUUUCAUACAUCUUCCUCAACUUCCAGCUGAUGCUCCUACAAGCCCUUCAUCUUUACUGGUGGUUUUUAAUCUUGAAGAUGCUCAAAAGAUGCAUAUUUUCCAAGAGUAUCCAGGAUGUGAGAAGCGAUUGUGAGGAUGGUGAUGAAGAAGAAGAAGAAGAAGAAGAAGAGGAGGAAGAGGAAGAGCCCAAAGGCAAAGACAUAGACUAUUUGAAGAAUAACCUUGGGGAUAACCAGAGCCUCAUUCCGAAUGGUCAAGAUGACUGUUAG